CUGCGUUGUCAGUGCACUCAGAUCACAAGACAAAACGACGCUCGAGUGUGGAGAGCGAGAUGGGGAAGGGCAACAAAAGCGAAGACGAAUCGAGCUGCCAGAAGUACGGCGUCCCACUCUACGGCGCAGCGUGGGUUCCACCCGCUGCCGCCGUGAAGGAAGAUAGCGCUGCCGAAUCGGAAACUCCCGCUUCCGACACUGUGAACCGCCACGUCGUCCUAGCCGGAGGUGGCGGAGAAGGCCACAGCGGAAUACCGAACGCCAUCCUCCUCUCAGCCUUUGAUUUUGAAUCCAAUUCCUUAUCUGAUCAGCCUGUGGCAAAACAUGGAACCGCUAGCGAUCUGCCAUACAGAAUUGCCGUGCAUCCUGGAGGAGAAGGUGUUAUUUGUUCAUUUCCCAAAAGCUGCAGAUGGUUUGAAUGGGAGUCAGACACAAGCACAGAUAAGCAUACUUUGAGUUUGAAACGAUCUGAGAAAGUCCUUGAGCAAUUGGAAGAUGUUGGACAACAAUUGGCUAUGACCUUCAAUGAUGACGGAAGUUUGCUUGCUGUGGGUGGUGAGGAUGGCAAGUUAAGGGUUUUUAAGUGGCCAGCAAUGGAAAGUACUCUCAGUGAGGCCAAAGCUCAUAAUUCUGUGAAGGAUUUAGAUUUCAGCCCUGAUGCGAAGUUUCUUGUCUCUGUUGGAAGUGGUCCAGGAAGAAUUUGGAAUGUUGCAACAUCAACAUCUGUAGCUUCUCUACCAAAGGAAAAUGAUGAGAUUUUUGGCUUUUGUCGAUUCUCACGGACUACUGACACAGAUCAGGUUCUGUAUAUAACAGCAAUGCGAGAUAAAGGUGGUAGUAUCUUGAAGUGGAACACUACUUCAUGGAAAAGGAUAAGUUCAACACACGUUGUCCGGGAUCCAGUUUCUGCUUUUAAUGUGUCACCUGAUGGAAAACUCCUUGCAAUAGGAACAAUUCAAGGGGACAUUUUUAUUAUUAGUUCUGCCAGUAUGCGGUUGCAGACUGUUGUCAGAAAAGCACAUCUUGGCCUUGUAACAGCUUUAGCAUUUUCACGAGAUUCAAGGGCUCUGGUGUCUGCAUCCCUAGACUCAAGUGCAAGAGUGACUUUGAUCAAGGAUAAGAAGAAAGAUGGAAUGAGCGUGUGGAUCAUUCUACUCAUCAUUUUACUGGCUGUAGCUGUAUAUUAUGUGACAAGCAAGAAACCAUAGAUAUUGCAAUGGAUUUGUGUAGCCUGUCUUGCAAGUUACUGGAGAUCUCUUAUUACUAAACUACUAUUUAAAGGUCUUAUCAUCGAAAGUGUCAACAGUACUUACAAAUUCAAAAUGUAUACAAUAAUACUCCAUGUUUACAGAUUCUAAUUCAGAUCCUCAUGGCCAUUCUUGUAUUUGAUAGAAAUGAUUGCAAGUGCUAUUGAACCCAUUUCUUCUGCGGCUCAGUACUAUCAA